AUGAGAGAAAUUUGGGUCCUCCAUCCGGUGGUAUCAACAGGAGAAGAUUGCGGUGGUGGCGCGGCUGCGCCCCACGAAACCAUCGCCAAACGUGCCGUGGAUCAGGGAUCGGAGACGCGAGGGGUGCAUCACAAGGAGACCGAAUUCGUGGUGCAGGUGCCACGAGGAAGCGAUACAGUCAACAAUCAGGUGGAGGAGUACAGCUUCCGCUUCGCGCGGGUCUUCGGACCGCAGGCCACGCAGCGCGAAGUCUUUGACGUGGUCGCCAAGGUUGGGGCGCCAAGGGCGCGCUCGCCGGAGUUGGUGGGGAUUGAUCUACAUGGGUCACAUGGGGCUACGGUCAGCAUGGAGGACCUGGUGCUUGGAGCCCUGGAUGGCGUCAACUGCUCCAUUUUUGCAUAUGGGCAGUGGGGAUCUCAGACUGAUGCCGUGACAGGUUGUGAUGGGCGGAGGACUGGCAGUGGCAAGACCUACACCAUCUGUUGGGGGCUGAGAGCUGGAAGCCUCGUGCGCAAAAUCAAGAUUUUCCAACUCCUCCCGGUUGGCAACGAGCAUCAUUAG